AGUCAGUCAGUCAGUCUCUCUCUCUCUCUCUCUCUCUUUGCUUGUGCACGAUAGGUCGCGUGCGUCUUUAACAGGGGGCGUGUCUCUCUCGUUCUCUCUCUCUCCCUCUCUAUCUCUCUCACUCUGAGAGAAAUUUCCGCUUCCUGCACCCACAAACCCUCCGCACUGUGUCGCGCAAACACUCCCAGCCAGGCGAACACACACACACACACGCGUACACACAUCCGCUUUUACUCCAUUAUCCCGCGUGUUGCGGGUGGCUCUGCUCGCCCUGCAGGACAUAUUUCUGGAGCUGAAGCACACACACAGGAAUCCGGCCCAGGUGUCCAGCGGCUCGGCUGUAGAGCAGCAUGUCGGAGCGCGGAGGAGGGCUGCCGAGGAGCGGAGGCGCUCCGUGUCCGUCUCCGCAGCCCUCCAAGCCGGUGGCGAUCGCCUCUAACCGCCCGGUGCACAUGAACCUGUACGCGACCUGGGAGGUGGACCGCUCCUCUCCGAGCUGCGUGCCCAGACUGUUUAAUCUGACUCUGAAGAAGCUGGUCAUGCUGAAGGAGCUGGAUAAAGAUUUGACGUCUGUGGUCAUCGCCGUUAAACUGCAGGGGUCGAAGAGAAUUCUCCGCUCCAACGAGAUCUUAUUGUCCUCAGCGGGACUGACGGAAACGGACUUGCAGCUCACGUUCUCUCUGCAGUAUCCUCAUUUCCUGAAGCGUGAUGCCAACAAACUCCAGAUCAUGCUGCAGAGGAGGAAGCGCUACAAGAACCGCACCAUCCUGGGAUAUAAGACCCUGGCACUGGGCCUCAUCAACAUGGCCGAGGUGAUGCAGCACCCUACAGAAGGAGCUCAGGUUCUGGGGUUACACAGCCAGCUGAAGGACGUGUCGGUUCCUGUGGCCGAGGUGCGAGUUUACUCUCUCUCCAGCCAACCCAUCGACCCCGAGGGACCCAAAGCCAAGAUGAACGAUCGUUCUCCAGACAUCGACAACUACUCCGAGGAGGAGGAAGAGAGUUACUCAUCAGAGCAGGAGGGGAGUGAUGAUCCGGUUCAUGGACAGGAUCUGUAUGACGAUGAUGACGAGGUGAGAAAGAAGAAACCUCGACGCAAACUGGCAUCCGGGGCUGCCAUCACUCGACAACCCAACAUCAAGCAGAAGUUUGUGGCCCUGCUGAAGAGGUUUAAAGUUUCAGACGAGGUUGGUUUCGGGUUGGAGCACGUCUCACGAGAGCAGAUCCAGGAGGUGGAGGAGGACCUGGACGAGCUCUAUGACAGCCUGGAGAUGUACAACCCGAGUGACAGCGGUCCAGAGAUGGAGGAGACCGACAGCAUCCUGAGCACACCCAAACCUAAACUCAGGCCGUUCUUCGAGGGAAUGUCGCAGUCCAGCUCUCAGACGGAAAUCGGCAGCCUGAACAGCAAAGGAAGUCUGACCCGAGACCCCUUCAGCCCGGGGGAGCAGCCUCCGUCUGACAAGCUGAAACACUCACGCAGCCGCAACCUGGACGAGACCACGACCGAGCCGGACAUUUCAGAGGUGAAUGAGCAGGAGCUGUUCCAGGAAGUGGCACCCUCCAUUACUGUGUCUGUGGCUGAGAAACCACGUACACCACUGAAGACCAGCAAGAGUGAGGGGCAAACCAUGCCUUCUCCUAGGUUGGAUGGGACACACACACCCCGGCAGAAACGCAGCACUCCAAUGAAAGAGAGGCAGCUCUCCAAGCCACUGAGUGAACGAACCAACAGCUCAGACAGCGAGAGGUCACCUGAACUAGGACACAGUACACAGGUCCUAAGGAAAGCUGUGUAUGAUCAGUUGAAUCAGAUUUUGUUGUCUGAUGCGGCGUUACCUGAGAGCCUCAUCCUUGUUAAUGGCACCGAUUGGCAAGGCCAGUAUGUAGCAGAGCAGUUACAGGUUCAGAAACACCCGGUGGUGUGUACGUGUUCAUCAGCAGAAAUUCAGGCUGUUCUCUCAGCUGUGCUGACGCGCAUCCAGAAAUUCUGUAACUGUAACUCGUCCAUGCCGCGGCCCGUGAAGGUGGCAGUAGUCGGAGCUCAGAGUUAUCUGGGUGCCAUCCUGCAGUUCUUCGUCAGUCAGUUGGCUAAUAAGACGUCGGAUUGGCUGAACCACAUGCGCUUCCUGGUAGUUCCUCUGGGUUCCCACCCUGUUGCUAAGCACCUGGGUGCCCUUGACAACCGCUACAGUUCAGUUUUCCUAGAUGGAGCCUGGAGAGAGCUGUUCAGUCGCCCAGAACCUCCACAGUCAGACGUGUUGGACGUAGCAGGUCAUAUCGCUCAGUAUAUCAGCGGCGCGUCUCUCACCCAUCAGCUCCCCAUCGCUGAGGCCAUGCUGACCUGCAAACACAGGACGCGAGAGGAGGAUUCCUAUCAGAAGUUUAUCCCGUUUAUUGGCGUUGUGAAAGUAGGGCUGAUUGAGCCGGGUCAGUCGUCUACAGGUGACGCUGAAGAGAGCGUGUCUGUGAAUUUGGCCGUCCCCUCGACGUCUCCGCCUACUCACGGCUCUCCCGCCAGUCUUAAAGAGACGGCCACGCCCCCUUCCUCACCUUCUAUGGGUGCUGUUUUGGCUGUACAGGGGAGCCCCAGCAUGUCUCACGGCGUGGACGCUAUCGGUCUGCAGGUGGACUACUGGCUGGCGUCUCUGGCCGAGAAGCGGCGUGAGGGCGAGAGGAGAGACACGGGCUGUAAGAACACUCUGAAGAGCGCCUUCAGAUCCCUGCAGGUCAGCCGUCUGCCUGGAGCGAGCGUCAGCGAUCCCCACGCGCCCGUCAGCACCAUGUCCAUGACCGUGGUCACCAAAGAGAAGAACAAGAAAGUGCCAACCAUUUUCCUGGGGAAGAAGCCCAAAGAGAAGGAGGUGGACUCUAAGAGUCAGGUGAUCGAGGGCAUCAGUCGACUCAUCUGCUCAGCCAAGCAGCAGCAGACCAUCCUGAAAGUGUCCAUCGAUGGUGUGGAAUGGAACGACGUGAAGUUCUUCCAGCUCGCGGCUCAGUGGCCGACGCACGUGAAGUACCUCCCAGUCGGACUGUUUGGUUACAGCAAACCUCCCUCCUAGGAACCGCCCACUCAUCCUCUAGCCCCGCCCCUUCACCCCAUUGCACACAGCUGUAGCAGGGCUGUAGGAGGGAACCUGCCUAAAUGUUCAUAUCCUUUCAGAGAGGAGGAGUGUGGGCUCGCGGGUGGGACGUGUGGGACGUGUGGGAGUGGCUCAGACGGACUUCAUACGGCGCUAGUCACUUUUAUUUCCAGAAAGGUCCUCAAGCAGCAGUAGUGUUGGACGAGCACAAAAAGGCAGACACCUUCAGUCUACCAACAUUCAUAUACUUGUUACAGAGCAUGACGAAAAUCGAGAAAUCUAAAAUACGACCCCCCUCACAUGACCUUUGACCUAAAUGAUCAGCCCCAAAUGUCAGAGUUUUAACAGAACCAGCGACCGGUGUUAACCUCUGAUCAUGCAUGUUUUAAACUACAUCACCCACAAUCCACUAGGAGAAUUCAUUGUUGUUCCAUUGUUGUUAUUAUGCAACUUAUGUACUUGUGCAUGUAUUAAGCUGAGCGAGGCGUGCAGCUACAGUUAGCCACUCGACGCUAUGCCUUUUUCACAUCAGUUCAGCCUAGAAGCUUAGGAUUAGCAGUGAAGUGGUUGCUGUGUUCAUGGACUCUGUGAGUUUUCACUUAUUUUGUACAUACUUUAGGCUUUUGUGUCUCAGCUUUCAGUUAAUUAUGAGUAAUUACAAAAGUGGCCUUUCUUUUUUUUUUUUUUUUUUUUUUUUUUUUUAAGAACAUGUAGCUCAAUUAAGGGUUUUAUUUUCAUUUUAUUUUAUUUCCUUUAUGAGCCAUUUCUCCAAAGAUCGCACCGGCCAAUCCGAAUGUGUCCGUCAUGUAAACCUGACCGAAUGUAAAAGGGUCACAGAAAAGUCAGCACGGUUACUACGGCAACGACCCGCGCUUCAUUUAUCCGCUGUAAACGCUACGUCACGAGGGGAAACUGCGCUCAUAUCGCACGUCUCGUAUCGGAUUUCUAGAAUUAAAGGUCAUUUACGGCUCGCUCGGAACGGUCUGUGAGCCAGUGCCGCACUGACGAGCAUCUUCAGCGUUCAGCUUUUGCCACUUUUUAGCCGGGCUGGAUCCCUGUCGGUUGUUGAAAGCUAUGCACUUCCAUUAACGCUCUGUCUUUCGCAUGUCAUACACCUUCGCUUUGUGAAGCACAAUGCUGGAAGUUAGCCGACCCCUUUAAAGCAAAACGAUCGCUGCCGGUUUGCAUGCCGUCACUGCUGGUGUAAAUUAUUCAUUUAAAGGGAUAUUCCACACACACACACACACACACGUGAUCCUUCAUCACGAACGUCUACAGGAUAUUCAUUUGAAAGUGGAAGAUAGGGCUAGAAGUGAAUGAGUGAUCACAUGACACGUUUUAAAUCUCCUUCUAUAAUCCUACAAUCUCCCGGGCAAAAUAUUUGAUCACGAGGGCGGAGAACCGUUUAAAUUCGCUAUUUAAAGGUGCAACAGUCGAUAUCGUUUCACGCUUAAGACGGUAUGCUAAACACAAGAGAUGACCACAGAAAGCCACGACACUCCUCUAAAAGACUAGGAUUAUGUACAACACAUGGGACAGCCACCAACGUUUGUUUGAGCAAUACUUUAAACUCGUGCUGAUGAGUCGGCAUUCCAUGUUGUUCUUUUUACUGUGCCGCAACCGGCCAAACCCCUCCAAAUUUCUCCCCAAUUUAGUUUUUCUCACCAAUUCCCACCGCCAGAUCUUCCCCAUCACUCAACAAAUUGCGAAAGCUAACGUGUGCUUUCCUCCGAGACUCGUGAAGCCAGCCAAUCCCAUCUUUUUGAACUGCUGCUCCUGCUGCUUCACAUGGCAGUGUAACAUAACACACUCGGAGGAAAGCGCCGUCCACCCUCUUUCUCAUCCAUGAGCUCGCACACGCCCCUUCCCAUGCAGACAACACGCCCAGUUCUGUUGCAUCUUUGGGCUCUCGAGCUUGUGAUCUCCUGAUGAUAGUGUGAAUCAUUUGGAAGGCUCUCCCAUCCUUCACCUUUUAAAACGUUUCCAGAUUGCUCCGAUCGAUGAUACAAGCAGAACGCAGUCGUUUUCUUUAAUCGUAGGUCUGACGUCUGAUAACGUUCGCGAACGUGUUGUCACACAGGACGUUCUAGAAUUCGUCCAGGAUUUUAUUGCGAGCAUCUUGUACGGUGUGAUGAGUAGUGAUCUUAAAAGACAGCUAAAAUCGCAUAGUGUGAAGCAGGCUUUUUGAGGAAGGGAAGAGUUCUCUUCAACUAAAACGGCUCCUGAAUGAGAGCUAAACUGUUCGGUUCCUGGAUGAGUUCCUGGUUUGUCUUUCCACUGCCUGGCAUAAUAAUCUAAAUCCAAGUUAGUUUUACAUUGGUCGUUCUGGAAAACUUGAAGUAUCGAGUGCGACAAACCCAAGUUUCUGCCGUUCAAAAAAAAAAAAAAAGUAGCUGCUCUGGAGCGGGAACUAAAAAGGUUCCUGGAAGUACAGCCCAGGAAUUCAAAUAGACCCUGGCAACUUUGGUAGAAACUUCCUGGUGGAAAAAACCCUCAGGUGUAGUUGCAUUCGUUAGCAAACUGCUGUAGUACAAGAGGAAUAAUACAUUUCUAGAAGUGAUGGUAUUGGAAAAUAACCAUCAGGGUCAUUACAUUACAUUACAUUACAUUACAUUACAUUACAUUACGACUUGCGCCAAUGCAAAUUGAGCCAGCACGUUUGUUCCUACCCCCAGAUUUGAGCUCUUUCUUUUCCUUACAAGGGAAAUGACAACUCAUUUACUUUAAGCUCCACCGGUUCUCUGUAAUGUUCUCCACGAUCAAGAAUCUCCAUGCGAUACAGGGCGGAUCGCUCUUUUUAGAGCAGGUCAAAUCCAGAAGCCGUCAUUAUCUGUCUUAAACAUAAAGAGCUAAGAGCGGAACGCUGACUUUCAGUUUGAAAUCGUGGAGCUACGGUCUCCCUUUACCUGCUAAGCUGCUACAUGGUUGUCGUAACGUACAGCUUCUGUGAAAGUGAUGGUCUACUUUGUCUAAGACGUGCGUGAGGUGUACAGUACGUGUCGGUGUUCAAGUGAUCAAAGUUUUAGUGUGUGAAGUGUUCCGAACUCUGAAAUAACGUAGUGCCACAGUAAGAGUGAUGAGUCUUGGUGUACGCGUGCGUGUGUGUGUGUGUGUGUGUGUGUGUUCUUUUGCGUGAGCAGAUUUGUGGUGUAAAUUUUGAACAGUAUGCCAACUCCUGCAUCGUGACGCGAGGUCGCACGGCGGUGCCGGAGGAACUCGAGACGUUUCGCAAGGAAUUUAAACGCAAAAAAACGACGACUUCUUGGACUACGAAACUCUGCAGACGCUACACCGGGUGGCAUAAAAGACGACGUGGAUAACGAUGUGUAUAGAUAAAUUAUAAAGGACUUUUCUGGGUCAUGACGUCACAUUCUGACAAAACUCUUUGUCACGCUGAUGAAGUCGAACCGAGUUGUAGUAAAAGUAUUACUACAGGUUUGUGUUACAGUUCAGACGGGUCAAUGGGUCAGUAUUUUCCGUAGUGGAUGUUCAGCAAUGGUGUUUAAAAAAAAAAAAAAAAAAAAAAAAAGUUUCUUUUCCAUUAUUAAAUUAUUCAGUGGUGCUUUAUAUUAAGGUUCCUUUAACUGACGUUGUUUACAGCAUGAAAUACAGAGGUGAUUCACCUUAUAACCAUAAAUUUGUUGAAUUCUUGAUUGUGUAUGUGUUGCUAUAGCUGGUCAUUCACAGGGAUGCUUCAAAUCUGAACUUAAACUGAUUAGAAAGGAAAACUAUUUUAUAUAUAUAUAUAUAAAAAUAAAAUAGUGGUGGAACGACUGCUUAUAGUUAUCAUGGAUGCUCCACAAUAGUAAAUUUGAUCUAUAAAUGGAUUAAAAGUACACCAUUCUUUAAUUUCAGUAAAAUUCUAACGGUUGGUAAAUUGCCUCGGUAUUAGAGGAAUAAACGACGCUUUGUUGAAUGCGACGUGCUGUUCUAGGAAAAUGAUCAGCUCCAGGGCUUCACAUCGUCAUGCUUUUGAUUUUAUUUAUAUGUAAGAAUUUAACCCAACAGGAUGUUUUGUGCUAGGUCAAUAUUAUUAACACAAUCCACGCUUAUAUUAAUUGAUGUUUGUUUAAUUAACCGUGAUUUAUGAUGACCGUGUGCUAACCCCAUCUUAAUACGCUGUAGCUGGUCAUCUGUCGAAACUGAAGCGAGGCUGGACGGUGGGGGUCAAUACUUACAGCUAGUGAUCCAAGUUCAGCUGAUUAUCACUUGGUCAUUUAAUUGAAUCCCAGACUGCCUUUCAAACAGACGUGAGAGGUGUGUGUGUAUGUGUGUGUGUGUGUGUGUGUAUGUGUGUAUAUAUAUAUAUAUAUAUAUAUAUAUAUAUAUAUAUAUAUAUAUAUAUAAAUCCUACACUCUAAAGGUAUAGUUGAUGAUUUUGAGCAGAAGUUUGAACAAGCGUGAUUGAUCAGGAGAUUGGUUUGAUGGUGGUGGUUCAGAUCCGUUUAAAGAGUCUAGACUGGAGCGCUGACGGACACGAUUUUAUUCAAGCGGCGAGGAGAACCUCCCCACAUAUAACAAAUAUUACCACCUUUAAUGUUAACCGAUGCUGUAAAUAAAGUCCGUUACUAGAACCUUAAUAUAGAGUCAGCGAUGAUUCAUUACACAACACUAGUGACCACCUUCUGCUGAUAACAUGGCAAGCAAUUAGCCUAUAUACGUAUGAUAGGAAAUGUACCAAAUGAUUAUGGGCCAGAUCCAAAAACAAAACCCAAACAGGCCACAUAUUGAGUCGUGUAAAUGACUUUGGAUCAGGAUGAUACAGCCGUGGUUCUGUAUUCAGUGUUUUAUUCAAUACUCCUUCGCUUUAGGGUCACGGAUCAGAUCAGAUCAUUAAUAAUUCUGGCUGCUGUCAUCCCUUUUGGCUGAAUUAGACGUUUAAGACGACAGCCCAGGUGGUGCACGCGAGUGUGUUUUUUUUUGUAUCAAACGCGAUUGUAAUUCAUGUCGAGUGUUUUCACGUAUCGUACGCAGAGAUCCUUUGUGCAAAAAAUCCUUUAACGGUGAACAUGUUGAAUAAGAACUUCCAGAUGCACACAUCCCUUUUUUUAAGAAAAAAAUGAAAAAUACAGUAUACAUGGAAUAUUUCUGUGCAAAGGGAACACCGCGGUUGUGAAAUGCUGCUGCCAAAAAAAAAAAAAAAAAAGUGUCAGCUGUUACAUUUUAUAUCCGUGUUUUUGAUGUAAUUGUCAAGUAUGAUCACUUUUAUCCGAUGUUACCAGUUUCAGCGCAGCAGCAUUUCAAGAGAUGCAUUUCGUUCCGUUUCAUUUCCAGUGACUCCUCAGUCACGGUGAUAUCAUCUCCCAAGUCGCCGUCUCGUGCUCUGAUUGUGGACCAUAUAUGUUCUCUCUCUCUGUCUCUCUCUCUCUCUCUCUCUCUCUCUCUCUCUGUGUUGUUCAGUCUGUUAUGAUGCCUGGCUGUAUCUGGCCCUGGACCAGUCAUCGUAUCUGUGUUUGGUGUGACGUGAAAGUUUUGUCGUCUGUAUCACACGAACAGUAGAUUUGCAAGCAGACGUUCUGCAAGCGAAUCAUCCGCAGAGUUAAUUGUGCUUUUGUUCUUUCCACUUCAGCCCAAGAGCCUGAUUUACUCGAGUCAUUAAGCAGGACAAAGUGAUCGAGAGCGGCGUGUCUCAUUCGCCGAUCAUGGAAACUGCUCGAGUGUUUUUAGUAAAUAAGGCCCUGGGUGUCUCGACCUGAUAUCGAGAGAAUAUUGUUCUUGAAUUCCACAAGUGUUGGUGCGUUCUGAUCUUCGGCUCGCGCUAAACCCCGAGGCACAGCGAGGCAGUAGGUUAGCACUUCACUAUAGAAGCCGAGCUUGUGGAUUUUUCUUUUUCUUUUUUGCACGUCUUAGUUUGUUUUAGCAAUCCUCAGCCACUUGCCUAUACAAUAUCAAUAGUGCUUGUACAUAUAUUAAGUAAGAAGUGCUUGUAAUAUGAACCUGAGUUCUUUUAUUGUUAUUUUUUUUAUUCAACAUGUUUUUGUAGUACUGCCUUUUCAUGAUUUCAGUUGUCGAUGGGGUCAUGUGUGGGAUAAAUUGAAAGUGUUCAUUUUUUAAAAUAAACACACCUUAUUUGUA